ACAUUCAGGAUAAGCAGCUUAAAGGGAACCAGCAUAGACUAAAUGGGAGGGAGGUUAGGGCAUCAGGGCAGUGCAAACUGGGGGAGAGAGUUGAAGGGUAUGUGGAGGGAGAGCAGAGUGUAAAUGAGAGGAUAGUAGGGCAUUUUAGCCAAUAAGGGAAAAAGCAAGAUGAUGAAAAAAACUGUUUCAGUGAAGUUAUCCAGCUCUCUGCAAUCCUGCUCCAAGAUCACUCUCCUGAGUAAAACUGGGCAGAGGAGAAACGUGUUAAAGGAAUUCCCUGACUCUAUCAGUGGUUCUCAACGAGAUUUUGCCACCACCCUCACCCCUCACCAGGACGCUCGGGAAUGUCUGGAGACAUUCUUAGUUGUCACAACUGGAAGAGAAGAGUGCUACUGGCCUCUAGUGAGUAGAGGCCAGGAAUGCCACUGAACACCAUACAAUGCACAGGACAGCCUCCCACAAAAAAAAUAAUUGUCCAGCCCAAAAUGUCAACAGUGCAGAGGCUGAGAAACUCUGCUCUAAAUCCAGACUGAAUGGCCUGAGCUCAAGGCUGACAGAAAUUGAGGGCAGCAAUCAUCCCUACAGGUUGUCUCCUAACAAGACUCCCAAGCAAGCCCUGGCUUAGACUUCUCACAAGCCAUCUACUGGAGGGUUGGGGAGAAUUGGUGGAAACCUGAAGCAUAAGCAUUUCUCCCUGCAGGUGCUGGGGAGUCAGGAAAGAGCACUAUCGUCAAACAGAUGAAGUGAGUAAGAACAAAGCCCCCCGAGGACUGAGGUAGGGUGAUGAAGUCAGUAGAGCCAGUAGAGACAUGGAAGGUGAAGGGCUCUUCAUCCUGAAGGCACCCAGAUGUAAAGGAUAUAAAGAACCUGAUUCCCAAUGCCCCUCAUCUGCAUGCCCUUUUCCCCUCACCCUCCACUUUGGGACAGCCAUAGGAAUAGAUUGUGUUCUUAUGACCCUUUCAAUCCUUCCAGAUCCCCAAUCCCUUAGGGCUGGUUACUCAGGUCCAACUAUGGGCCGGGUGUCUUGCAGGAUCAUUCAUCAGGAUGGCUAUUCACCAGAAGAGUGUCUGGAGUACAAGGCCAUCAUCUACGGGAAUAUGCUGCAGUCCAUCUUGGCUAUCAUCCAGGCCAUGUCCACACUGGGUAUUGACUAUGCUGAACCAAGCUGUGCGGAUACUGGGCGACAGCUCAACAACCUGGCUGACUCCACUGAGGAGGGCACCAUGCCUCCCGAGCUGGUUGAGGUCAUCAGGAAGUUGUGGAAGGAUGGUGGGGUGCAAGCCUGCUUCGAGAGAGCUGCAGAGUACCAGCUCAAUGACUCAGCAUCUUACUACCUGAACCAAUUAGACCGGAUUACAGCCCCCGACUACCUCCCUAAUGAGCAAGAUGUGCUACGGUCCAGAGUCAAAACCACAGGCAUCAUUGAGACCAAGUUUUCCGUCAAAGACUUGAACUUCAGGAUGUUUGACGUGGGAGGGCAACGAUCAGAGAGAAAGAAGUGGAUCCACUGCUUUGAGGGAGUCACCUGCAUCAUUUUCUGUGCGGCCCUCAGUGCCUAUGAUAUGGUGCUAGUGGAAGAUGACGAAGUGAAUCGCAUGCAUGAAUCAUUACACCUCUUCAACAGCAUAUGUAACCACAAGUUCUUUGCGGCUACUUCCAUUGUCCUCUUUCUCAACAAGAAGGACCUCUUUGAGGAAAAAAUCAAGAAAGUCCAUCUCAGCAUUUGUUUUCCAGACUAUGAUGGGAACAACUCUUUUGAAGAUGCAGGGAAUUACAUCAAGAGUCAGUUCCUUGACCUCAACAUGCGAAAAGAUGUCAAAGAAAUCUACAGUCACAUGACCUGUGCUACAGACACACAGAAUGUCAAAUUUGUAUUUGAUGCAGUUACAGAUAUUAUCAUCAAAGAAAAUCUCAAGGACUGUGGGCUGUUCUAAUCCUCAUCACUCCUCAAGUAUACAUUCCACAACCAGGCUUGGAAUCUGGUUCAUUUCAAGCAGAAAAAUCAUAGAUCAAUAUACCAUGGCAUGAAGAGUGAAUCCAUUCUCCCUUGGAGACAGACUCUACAUGAUCACAACUGUGUCCCAUAUAUUCUUUUCAAAGUGGGGUAGCUAGUGCAGUUUAAAGAAUACAAACCCAAGAGUCAGAAGACCCAGGUGCCAGUACUGGUUCUGCAAUUUACUACAAAGUAUAAAUAUUUCAUUUCUCUGAGCCUUGAGUCCCUCAUCUACAAAAUGAAGGUAACUUUUCUACUACUUCACAGGGUUAUUCUUAAUGAUCACAAACAUAACUGAAGGGAAGGAACAUAAAAGCUGUGUGGUCAGAGUCACAGAAAGAAAUCCUAUGUAAAAGCAGCCAUUUAUGAAAUUCAAGACCAAGUUUUUAGAUGAACUAUCCCAAGCACAACAGCAACUUUCCCUACUGUCUGGAAAAAAUUGAAAAAUAAAAAAUGAGAUCUCAGUAAACCUUACCACCAUUUUUUACUAACAGACCCUAUGUGCCUUAGCUCAGAGAUCUGGAUCACUGAAUAGAAGAUGUAAGUUUGUUAGUUUCUAAGGCACAUGUCUAAAAAUGAUAAUCUUUAUUAAGCAGACUCUCUCUCUGCCCCCCAACUACUGUAAAAACUGAGUUUCCUUUAUCUCUGUAAGUAACUGUCUCAGGUGCACAAGACACUUUCUGAAUAAAUUUAGAAGACUUCAACACACUCCCACUUGGAGUAUUAAUGAUUUUUAUUGCUACUACUUCUCGAUCACAGAAUUUAGAGUAACUGAGCAAACCUAGAAUUCUCAUUUCAACUGCUACAUGUUUCAGAACAAAAAAAAAGCAGCUGAUCUUGCUUUGGGCAUUGAAAAUCUUUGCAGUUGGAUCCAUGUGAUGCCUGGCUGAAAACAACAUCUCCCGAUACAGGACAACAAGUAAAUUAUUUCUUUGAACUCCUUUGAGGGGAAACGAAGCUUGCAUUUAUCUUGACAGGAGGUGGUGAAGUCAAGUACAGAUUUAGCAUCUACAACUACUAGUGAGGAAAGCUCCUGGCGUCCAAGAUUUAGUAUAUAAAAGAAAGUGUCAAUUAAAAUGAAAAUCUGUUCCUUGCCAGAAACACAUAUUCACACUUAGGCUGUUACUAGCAAUAUUGAUACUAGAGAGCCAUAUGAGCUUGAAAUACACUGAAGAAUAAAUUUGCAGCUGUUAAAAUUGGA